AUGAAGGUGCUGAAAAUAAUGAAGUCUGAACAUGUUGAUCGACUUUUGAAUAAACAUCCAAUUGGAAUUCAAAUAUUAUUUAGUUAUCAUUUAGAAAAUUGGCAAAAGUCUCUGUCACAUAAUACUGUAACAAGCAUAACAAUGCCAUCGACCACUUCAACUUUUCCUCUAAAAAAAUCUAAUAAUGUUAUUAACAUCAAACUCAAUGAUAUAUUAAACUCAUCUAAUACAGGAACAAUGAUAAUUGAUUAUUAUAAAGUAAAUAACAAAUUAAAUGAUAACAUAAGAUCAUUACUAGUGGAUACUGUCAUUAAUUAUAUAAUAACAAAUAAAUUAUCAAUGUCAGUUAGUUUAGCUGAUUGUAUUGGAAAUCAAAUUGUUGCUAUUUUCCCUUCAGAAGUAAAAGAUACAUACUUUAUGAAAUAUGAAGCGAAUAAAAAUUCAAAAGGAAAACUGUAUGCAAAGUUUUAUAACUCUAUGAGAACCUUAAAAUCAAGUGGCCUAAUAUCUUCUAUUUCACGCAUCAGAAUUCCUGAGAAAUUAAAUAAUCGAAAACAUGAUGUACACUUUGAUCCAGAAAAAGAUAUAAAUUACAUCCUUGACCAAAUUAGGCACGAUACCAACUGUCCAUUUCCUGACCUAGAAAGAAACUGGAAAGCAACUACAAAGUUUAGGCUAAAUGAAAUCCAAAAAGCUUUGAAUACUGGUGACAUACUCAAUAAUUGGAACGGCUUUACAAAACCUCUUGGUUACAGACUGGUUGACAUUGAUUUCAAUACAUUGUAUCCAGAUAGCCCAAAUUUAAUGAAUAUAUUUGAAGAAAAAUCAUCAAAAAUUUUAAAAAAACUGGACGAAAAAAUUAAAGACGUGACAAGCCGUAAAUUACUCGAAACCAUAAAGAAUGAUGAUUCAAACAUAAGUCAAAAUGGAAUGCAUACAGUUUUAUUUUAUUUGUUACAUGCUAUAUUUAUACCUACAUCCAAAAAAGUCACAAAAGAUCAUGCUGGAAAAAAAUGUUUAGUUAAAUAUACCAUAAAAGAUUCCCAGAAUAGUUUUAUAAUUUUUAAAAAUUCUGUGUGCGAAUUAGAAGAAUAUAUAACUGUAAAGAGAAAUGAGAAAAAUCCAAUUCAACCAUUCAUAUUAAUUGUUGGUACACCAGUAAAUCCUAAAGAAAUAGUAAUUUUUUUUGAUUCUAUAAAAUAUAAAGUGUUUUCAAUAUUAAAUGCAAUCGAUGUCUGCUUCAAAUUAUUCCACUUAUUUAAUUUGGAGUAUCCAACAGAAUCAUGUUACGUAUGGCUAUUCAUUCAAAAAUUUUUUUAUAAUAUAAACACAAAAUUUGAUACACCUUGUCACACAUUAGGACAAAUAUUAUCAGAUUUAAGUAAGCCAUGA